AUGCCGGUACAUGACUACGGCGUGUGGAAGGCAAACGCCGUACACUACGUCGUCGAAAGCCGCGAGGAUGGGUCAAAGAAUCCGCAUCUCUUGCUGUACUUCGAUGACAAAGGCAACACAACGCACCAUGCAAGGUAUCACGCUCGCCACAGAUCCCAUAAGCCCAGCCAAAGGAAUAAGGAAAUCGUCGGCCUUAUCCGAGCAGUAGUCAACAUCAAAUCGGGAGACAAACCCGAGUCCCAGGUGGUCUGCUGGGUGGACCGGGAUUUCAAAGAUCAAUCUAUUAUCGAUGGCCUGAAAGAUCUGCCAUUGGGUUUUCAUCAGCUGGCAGAGACAUCGCCAGGCCCGGCUGGGUUACGGACGGACUAUCUGCGAACUGAGCCGUUUGGUCUGAGUACCGGUCGCAUCUUACCACUUGCCAAUGCCGAUGAGAAAAAUGACAUCGCUGGUAUUUUGGAGCCCGAAAUCGAGGAAGCAAUUAACCAGAGUGCGAAUAUAUAUCUAUUUGGGGCGCGGUUUGUGGAUUACAAAGGUAUUCAUAAUUUGCAUAUGAAUCAAGGAAAUAUUGGGCUAUGGGAGCAUGAUGAUGGUGUAUUUCAAGAUGGGUUCAUUUUGUUUCAUCGGCCUCGUGAGGAUCGAUGGGUUGCUGUGUUCAUUGGCUUCACAUCACAAGCUGUGGAGACCGACGAAUCCUCCGGACAUCCUCUAUCAUCAUCAGACACCUGGAAUGAAAGCUAG